GUUGUAAUACGGGCGGAAAAAAGCUCGAGAAGCGGCCUGAGGAGUUAGCGUAGCUUCACCAGUUAAAAUGAGCUAAGCUAAACUGAGAGCUGUUGUUAGCAUCUAAGCUAAAAGACCUGGUUCGAGUGAGAGAGUGAGGAAGAUGAGGGUGAAGGAGAUCCUGAGGACGGCCACGCAGGCCUGGAGCCCUGCAGCUCAGCACCCUGCUUACCUGGCCUUAGGUACAUCAGCACAGCAGCUGGAUGCCUCCUUUAACACCACCGCAGCGCUGGAGCUGUUUGAAAUGGACUUUGCCGAUAAGUCGAUGGACAUGAAGCUGAGGGGGUCUCUCUCCACCACAAACAGGUUCCACAGUCUGAUCUGGGUGACGUUCGGGAUGGGUGUGGAUGGCUCGUCUGGGCGGCUGAUCGGAGGGGGUGAGAACGGCACAGUGACCAUCUACAGCCCUGAAGCCAUCCUUUCCGGCAGCGAUGACGCCAUUAUUGGACAGUCCAGCAAACACACGGGCCCCGUACGGGCUCUAGACUACAACCACUUUCAGAGUAAUCUUCUGGCAUCGGGAGCAAACGACUCUGAGAUGUUUAUCUGGGAUUUAAAUAAUUUCAGUAAUCCGAUGACACCAGGCUCCAAAUCACAGCUGGUGGAGGAUGUGUGUGUGGUAGCAUGGAAUAAGCAGGUGCAGCACAUCCUGGCGUCGGCGGGUCCGAGCGGGAGAGCCGUAGUGUGGGACCUGAGGAAAAACGAGCCCAUCAUCAAAAUCAGUGACCACAGCAACCGGAUGCACUGCUCGGGGAUGCUGUGGCACCCUGAAGUCGCCACUCAGAUGAUUUUGGCCUCUGAGGACGACCGGCUGCCAGUUAUUCAGAUGUGGGACCUGCGAUUCGCCACAUCACCCCUUAAAGUUCUCGAGAACCACACCAGGGGGAUUCUCUCGGUAUCAUGGAGUCAGGCUGAUCCAGAGCUGCUCCUGAGCAGCGCUAAAGAUAACCGCAUCCUGUGCUGGAACCCCAACACUGCAGAGGUGACCUAUGAGCUGCCGACAGCCAAUCAGUGGUGCUUUGAUGUUCAGUGGUGCCCCAGAAACCCCGCCCUGCUGUCUGCUGCCUCGUUUGAUGGACACAUCAGUGUGUACACUGUGAUGGGAGGCUGUCUGGAGGCUCAACAGUACAGCACUGUUGAUAAGAUUUCAGCUGCGUUUGACCCCAGUGACCCGUUUGGGACGGGUCAGGCUCUGCCUCCAUUACAGGUCCCUCAACCCACAGCAGCCCCCACCAUCAUCCCCCCACUCAGGACCCCACCCAAGUGGGAGCGCAGACCUGUCGGGGCCUCCUUUAGUUUUGGUGGUAAGUUGGUGACCUUUGACAACCCCAAGCCUGCCCAUCCCCCUCCUUCCCCCCACCCCCCUCGGCAGGUGCGUGUGAGUCAGGUGAUCACAGACGCGGAGUUUCUGCAGCGUUCUCGGGAACUUCAAGCCACCCUUCACUCCGGCUCCUUCGUCAGCUACUGCCACAACAAAAUCUCUAGCGCCCCCUCUGAGGCAGAGCAGGACAUCUGGAGGUUCCUGCUGGUAAAUUUUGAGGACGAGGCUCGUGUGAAGUUCCUGCGGCUCCUAGGCUUCAGUAAAGAUGAGUUGGAAAAAAAGAUCUCGUCGAGUCUGGGGAAGAAGCUGCAGCCGAACGGACAUGGGCUGGACGUUAACGACCUGACGGAGAAAAUGCAGACCCUAUCGGCUCAGAGGGCAGAUGAUGAAAGUGGCACUGUAACGCCCCCUACUGACUUCUUCAGCCAAAUACAGAAAGAGAAAACACCCUUUCACAUCCCUGUGUCUGCAGACACGGACGGUCUGAUCAGCCAGGCUCUUCUGGUGGGGAACUUUGAGGGGGCGGUGGACCUGUGCCUGAGUGACGGACGCUAUGCUGAGGCCAUCCUGCUGUCCAUCAGUGGAGGAGAAGAGCUGCUGAAGAAGACCCAGCAGAAAUACCUCAGCAAGCAGACCAACCAGGUCUCCAUGUUAAUUUCGUCAGUGGUGACGCAGAACUGGCGGGACAUCGUUCAGGCCUGUGAUCUGGACAACUGGAGGGAGGCAUUAGCGGCACUGCUAACCUACGCCAACCCUGAGGAGUUCGCUCCGCUCUGUGACACUUUGGGCUCGCGGUUAGAAGCGGGGGGCACAGAGAAGCGUUGCCUGCAGGCCUGCCUUUGCUACAUCUGCUCUGGUAACAUCCACCGACUGGUGGAGUGCUGGAGCUCCCAAAGAGACUGUACCACACCCCUCACACUGGAGGACCUGGUGGAGAAGGUGAUGGUGCUGAGGAAGUCUAUCGAGCGUUUGAGGAACAGUGAGGUCACAGUGCAGAGCUCAGCUCUGGAGGAGAAGCUCAUCCAUUAUGCAAAUCUGCUGGCCAAUCAGGGCAGCCUAGAGACGGCACUGAGCUACUUACCUCAGAAAUCACAGCAGGCUGAUAUUCAGCUGUUGAGGGAACGGCUGUGUGUUGCUCAGGGUUCUGCAGCACUACCUAAUCACCCUAAAGCUCCAGCAGGAGGAGCUACACCAGCCCCCUCCAAUGCGGCACCCAACACACGCACAGCACCACCACAGGGGCCGUUUCCUCCGGCAGCGCCCACUCAGAUGCCCCAGGCAGGACAGCCAGCGAUGCCACCUAUGUUUACUCCCCAAGUUCCUCCCACCACACACACACCAGGAGUGCCACGCCCAUCCAGCAGACCUGCCUACCCACAAUACCCUGCUGCAGCUUCAGGAUUUAUGCCUUCCCAGCCAGUAGGCGGCUCCCUGAUGUUCCCUCCCUCCAGUCUGUCCGGUCCUGUCCCCCCUCCCUCCACCGCCCCGGCGGGCAUGGUGCCCAUGAUGCCCAUGAUGCCCACUCCUCCACCGCCUGGGUUUCUGCCCUCCACCUCCAUGCCCCCUAUUCCCCCUACCUCUCUGCCUGGGGGGCCUGUGCCCAUGUUUUCUGGACCAUCAGGAUCUUCAGUGCCACAAAGCAUUGCCCCCCCACACCUCGGCACUGCCCCCUCGCCCCUUGGUACUGCUGCCCCGCCUGCAGGGAUGGGGUACCCGCAGGGAGGGCCUGGAGCGCCUGGGGCUAAAACCUACACUCCAUCUGUUCCCCCACCUCCCACAGGAGCUCAUGAUGGCUGGAACGACCCCCCUGCUGUCCGCAGCGGCCCCCGCAGUAAAAAGGUUGCUGGAGAUUACACUCCUCCUGCUCCCAUCACUGCCCCUGUCAUGAGCUUACCUGCAGAGGGUGCUAUGCCUCAGGACCGAGUGCAGGUCCCACCUGGAGCCCCCCAGGAACCCAGCCUGCAGGUUCUGCAGCAGUUUCCUGCAGAGCGGGUGGAGCAGAAGGAGAUUCCAGCAGAGCAUGUGAUCCUGAAGACCACCUUUGACAGCUUAGUGCAGCGCUGCCAGCUUGCUGCUACAGACCCGCAAACUAAAAGAAAACUGGACGACGCCUCCAAGCGUAUCGGAAGCCUGUACGACAAACUCCGUGAGCAUGCGUUGUCUCCCAAUAUUCUGGCCGGCCUGCACGAGAUUAGCCGCUGUGUCUCGGGCCGAAACUACCAGCGGGCCCUGGAGCUCCACACGCAGGUGGUCAGCAGCAGCAACUUCAGUGAGAUCUCCGCCUUCAUGCCCGUCCUUAAAGUGCUCAUGACCAUCGGCAACAAGCUGGGGGUCUAACACUCCGGACCACCGCCACCCCAACGCAGUAUUAAAUCACACACGCAGACAUCGCAUCAGAACCUAUUUAUAUUGUUAUUAUUAUUAUUAUUUUUUUUAAUGCUGAUGAACUCUGAUUAUUAGAAACAGUGGUGCAGAAUUCCUAACUUAAGGUCCUACAUUCUCCACCACUGUAUAACUCUGUGCUCCAUUUCCUGUUGUUGUUAUUCCUCUCUCUCUGCCCAGAGAGGAGAGAGAGUGGUGUGUGUGACAGGAGUGUCUGUGCUGUCAGUGUUGUGAUGAUGUUCAGGAGUGUGUGAAGAUGUCUGUGAACGUGUGUCACUCCAGAUGCUGAAGCUCGUCCACUUUAAAUGAGAGCCGAGAUACUUUCACUUUAGCCUAAAACUAAUUCAAAGAUCAGCUUCAGGUUGGGUUUAUAUGGUUUGUUCACACAGACUCACAGACAUAUAUGAAUACAGGCAUAUACAGUACAGGCCAAUGCGUUUUCUUUAUUUUCAUGACUUUUUUUUCCUUUGUAGAUUCUCACUGAAGGCAUCAAAAACUAUGAAUGAACACGUGGAGUUUUAUGUACUUAACAAAAAAAGGUGAAAUAACUAAAAAAACAUGUCUUAUAUUCUAGUUUCUUCAAAAUAGCCACCCUUUGCUCUGAUUACUGCAUUGCACACUGUUGGCAUCAUUCUCUCAAUGAGCUUCAAGAGGUGGUCACCUGAAAUGGUUUUCCAACAGUCUUGAAAGAGGAAAGGAGUUCCCAGAGGUGUUUAUUAGCACUUGUUGCCCAUUUGCCUUCUUCACUCUGCGGUCCAGCUCACCCCAAAAACCAUCUGGAUUGGGUUCAGGUCCGGUGACUGUGGAGGCCAGCCCAUUUUUUGUUAAGUACAUAAAACUCCACAUGUGUUCAUUCAUAGUUUUGAUGCCUUCAGUGAGAAUCUACAAUGUAAAUAGUCAUGAAAAUAAAGAAAACGCAUUGAAAAAGAGAAGGUGUGUCCAAACUUGUGGCCUGUACUGAAUGAAUACUCUGAAAUGGAAUCAGUUUAGGUAAUAUUUAUUGUUAUGGGGUUGUUUGAUGUUUUUUUUUUCUCAGUAACUUCACCUUUGAAGGUCGAUUGUUGCACGGCCUUCCAAAAAAAAUCCUUGUAUCUCUGCUGUAGUCUAUAUAUUUUUAUUUUUACUUUACUUUUUUUUCCAUAAUGUACAUCAGGCCCUUGUUCUUUAUACCGUUUUAACAUUUCAUGAUGAAUGGACAAAUAGAAAUGCUCCAAAACUUUGUUAAUAAAAAAAUAUAUAUAUUUGGAGUAUUUUUAUUUUUUUUGAGAUACAAGGUUUUAUCUAAGGGAAUAAUGUUGAUAAAAUUACGUAAAACAAGUAACAAAAUCAGAAUCUUAUAAUGAAAUAUACACUGUGUGCAAAAGUAUUGACACACUUACUCUUCUUACUUAUUUCUUCUGAAAUUAAGGAUAUUACAAAGAGUUUAUCCUGAUUUUGUUGGAGUAACUGUCUCUACUGUCCAGAGAAAACGUUUAAUAUUUCUUAUUCUAAUCUAGAGAGUCAUUUUCUAUGGGCAGUACUUCUUUACUGGGGCUUGACAAGCUGUGUGUCUGCAUUUGCACAUCUGUGUCAGCAGUGGGUGCAACUUAAUUAAUUAGCUUAAUGCACAAUCCACAAUUAUUUGGAUAUCUUAAAGUGAAAAAAAAAAAAACAUUUAUAAUCAUAAUAAUGAUAGUUAAAAAUUUUACAUUAUCAUAUUAUUAAUGUUUGUUUUUUACAUGCCAAGUCAUUAAUUCUCCUGUAAUUAUAUUAUUAUGGUGAAAGGGAGAAGAUUAGACCCAAAACAGGCAAAAUGUGUCGAAACUGGUUAUAUUCUUGCAACAACCUCAUAAUGAAAAAUGUUAUAUAUACUGAUUAUGGAUGUAUAAUAUAUUGCAUAAUAAGUUGAUAUACGUCAACGGUUGAUCUUUAACAGACUUUGCAACAGCAGUGGGUGGUUCACUCUGUUUUUAUGCUGGUUAAUUGAUAUUUAUUUAACUGCUGGUUUAAUUAAAAGUGUGGGUUGAACAGUAGAGCUGCAGGAAUCAGCGCUGGUCUGAUUAAUGGGAUUUAAAACUUCUGUCGCAGCUUGAUUGUUUUGUCUGGACCUUCUGCCUUUUUAUGUUUGCCUGAAUCAAAACUGCAGGUGGACAAAAGCACCAACAAAUGUGGUUUUGGUCCAUAUGAACUAAACCAUGCUCCAGUUUGUUUGCUGUAUAAAAACUUUUUUUUUCUUUUUUUCUUUUUUUUUUUUGGACAGUUUGGAUUUUCAGACCAAUUAUAAGAAGUUGAGGCAGACUAUCGUCACUUAUUAAACAAUAGAAGACGAAAAAGAAGCUGUAAAAUCCAUCCUCCCUUGGCGAGCAGAUCCAUCUCUCAGCAGUAUGGGUACAAAAGUUCACGCUAGUGAUUCCUGUAACUAGAUUCAUGGACGUAAAAGGAAACUGAGGGGAAACUGUCAUGCCUAUUCUUCUGCACUCGAAGGGAGUCAGAUUCUGACUGGAAGUCAGAUUUCAGCACAACACCUAGACAGGCAUCUCUGCCAUGUGAUGCAAGCCCAGUGUCAAGUAUAGGGAGACUCCACCCCCAUGUAGGAAACAAUUACUACUACCUAACCUGCAGUGUGAAACCAAAUGUAAAACUAAAUGUACAAAAUGUAACAAACCCAUCAAUUUCGCUUCAGAUUUUGAGUUGUGAAUAACGACCUAAAGAUCAGACUGAUCAUUAACCCUAAUUCGAUUUAAACCCAAACAGAUCAGUGCUGAUCUGCAUCCUUUACUGUUCACCUGCUCAAACACACCAAUAUUCAAACUAAACUAAUGUAAAACGCUGUGAUCUAGGUAAUCUCCCCCAGUCAGAACACAGU